AUGAGGGGUUGUCGGAUUAGAUUGUAUAACCUUGGAGCAAGGAAGCUUGUUUUGAUCGGAGUGGGUCAAAUUGGAUGCAGUCCAAAUGAAUUAGCCCAAAAUAGCCCUGAUGGCAGAACUUGUGUGGCCAGAAUCAACUCGGCAAAUCAGAUGUUCAAUAGCAAACUUAAGUCUUUAGUGGACACCUUGAACAAUCAAUUCACUGAUGCAAGAUUUAUCUACAUUGAUGCUUAUGGGAUUUUCCAGGAUUUAAUCAGCAGUCCCUCUGCUUUUGGUUUCACUGUGACAAAUAGAGGUUGCUGUGGAGUUGGGAGAAACAAUGGCCAGAUAACAUGUCUUCCUUUUCAAACUCCAUGUCCUAACAGAAAUCAGCAUCUAUUUUGGGAUGCAUUUCAUCCAACUGAAGCUGCAAAUAUCAUAGUUGGGAGAAGAUCAUACAGGGCUCAAAAGUCAUCAGAUGCAUAUCCAAUUGACAUAAGUCGCUUAGCUCAACUUUGAACAUGGAGAAUUUUCAUCAAAUGAAGAGUCUUGCAGGGUCUACCUGCUUAAUAACUAUUUACAUUUUGCUGUUUUUACUGUUGAGUUGUUGUUGAGUGUCUGAGUAACUGCAAAACGUGAUGUACCAAAGACUUGUUCAGAAGUUGUACUUCUUUUUCUUGUUUAAUGUUAAAUUACUAAGUUAAACUA